AUGACCUCUAACUUAUUUACUGAUUGGCUCAUCACUAUUAAUAAUCAAAUGAAAAAAAAAAAACGGAAAAAUCUUCUCUUUCUCGACAAUGCUCCAUGCCACGUGAUUAAUCAAGAUUUAUCGAAUAUUAAACUUGUCUUCUUUCCUCCAAACACCACAUCCAAGUGUCAACCACUCGAUCACGGUGUAAUCCACUCAUUUAAAUGUUUUUAUCGACAAAAAUUAGUGAAACAUAUAAUUGCUCAAUGUACUCUGGCUCAAACUGCUGCUCAAAUAUCAAUUACUGUCUUAGAUGCAAUUAAAUGGAUAGAAAUCUCAUGGAAAAAUGUUACAGAAAAGACAAUUAAAAAUGGUUUUCGUGCUGCUGGUUUCACACAUUCUUCUUCUACAUCUUCGUCGUGUGCGAUAGAUAUGGAUAUUGAUGUCGAAGCUGAUAUAGAAUUAAACAAUUCUGAUAAUCUUCUACAACAGCUUGAUUCAUUAUUGACUCAUCUUCAAAUUGGUGGUCCACAGUUAACAGCUGCCGAAUUUGUUAACAUUGAUUCCUGUAUUCCAACGUUUAAUGAAUGGGACGACUAUGAACAUCUGGAAACUUACAUCCAAGUUACACAAGAUGAUAACGAAGACGAGGAAGAAGAAGAAGUUUUAGUAGAACAACCGCCAAAUUUAUCCGAAGUACUCAAAAUGAUAAGAAAACUUCAUUUUUUUGCUUCUAUCGAACAACCUCAAUUACACAAUCUUAUAUCUGAUUUAGAAUCACAAUUAACUGAUAUUUAUCUUGAUUCAAAAGCGGUUAAACAAAGUUCUAUUAUAGACUAUUUUUCUUAUUGCUGA